AUGGUUAAACAUCCGAGGGGUAUUUUCCUGCAUCAUAACUUCAUCUGUGCUGUUCUGAACGACGUCUUCGGUAUCCAGGCUCGUGGUGGACUUAGUGGAGAUUUGAAUUACGGAUCAGAUAUCUUGGGGAUAGAUGAUCAUUUGUUGAAGGAAUACGAAAAGUUAUUGGAUGUUGAAGCUCAAAAAGAAAUAUCUCGAGUACGUAAACUGAGUGUAGUUAAAUCCCCCGAAGUUCCAAUUUACAAUGAACCAUUACGGCCGGGAUUUUGUCGAAUAUCACUACCCUUCUUUAUGUCUGAAAAUGAAUUGGCUUUCGUUUUGGAAGCUCUGAAAAUGGUUGCCACGGAAGGAUGGAAGAUUUUGCCGCAGUAUGUAGUGAACUCAGAAACCGGCCAAUGGAGACAUCAUUCGUGUUCAGUACUUAGAGAUAAGAAGUCAUUGUAUUCUAUAAGGUUCAACGAUGGAAAAAUUACAGCCAACGAGAGACGAGUGUCAGGUCCAGGAAUAUUCCCUCAAACAUUCGCGGAAUGUUUGCAAACAGCUCGUAAUCUUUUCAAUCGUGCUAGGAAAUUGGCCAUGAAGUGUUCAACAGUUGAGCCUGAAGUGAGUUUUAAUCCGAAAAUCGAUUACUUGAGAUGGUUCAUGUUACCGAAGGAGGCUCAUGACCUGUUGCUGGGCAAGUCCGCGAAUGUCAAACAUAUUGUACCCUUCGAUCCCGUGGGAUAUACUGGAACCAGAAAGAGCCUGAACAAUUCACGGUCAUCUAACACCUCCUCUCCUGUCUUGGGCACUACUUCUAGACACUUCAGCUUAUCAGCCAUAGACGACUGCCAUUUACUGAAACUCAAACAAAGACAGAAGUUCUAUUCAAGAGAAUCAAGCUUGAAGGAAACCACUAAGGAGAAAGCUGUAACGAUGACAUCAAACCCAGUGCAAUUCGCUGUUGGAGAAUCCGUUUCUCCUUUACGUAUAGUCCCACAGAAUGCGAAACCCAUGCUCGGGAGGUCAAGAUGCUAUUCAUUAGGAUCCGACCUACCGCCUGUACAGUUGAGUGCACGAGCGAGAUUGAACCUUGGACUGAAAGAGGAAACUGACGGAAACGGUGAAAAAACUAUCGGCUUCUGUAACUGCGGGAGUCAAACUGAUCUACCCUCGCUAGACGAUAUGUCGCCCACUAAGAAGUAUCCAUACAGUACACAGAGCAGUUCUUCCAUAUCUGAUUGUAGUCAAGUUGGACGUACUUCGCCUACCACAUCAGUGACCUCCCAUACAUCUGAGGACCUAGAAGCUAUAGUCAAAGUGACGACCAACGAAAUCGCAACACAAAUAAGAUCCCAGUUAAGAGGGGUCAUAUCUAAAGUGGACGAUAUACUAGAAAAUUCCGAUUCUCUAGAACAGGCUAAUAUGAGUAUGACGUCCAUAUCUAGUCAGAGUGAUAAGAACUCAGUAUCAGUUGUAGACGUCGCUGAACUAUUAAUCGGUAUGUCGAGGGAAAUAGCUUCGGAGGUGAAACAUGAGUUCAGAGAAAUGGUUAACACCGUAGAUGAGAUGAUUUCUCCCGAACUAUCCGGAUCCAGGAGAAGUUCGCCUCCUCAAACCGGUAGAAGAAGGAUAGGAUCCGGUCCGGAACUCGGAUUGGAUUUGAACAAUCAAAAACAAGUGUUGAAGAAGUGUCCGACAAGUCCGGUACUUCCGAGCCAGUAUGAUGAUGAUAACUGCUGCAAACGUUCGCCGCUAUCAGCACAAAACACUCCCAGUCAUGAGACAUCAGCACCCAACAGCAUCUCGUUCAAUUCCAGCGAGACUUCCACACCGGACACGAUCGUACAAGUGAUGACGUCACACAACUCCCCAAUACUCUCCAAGUCAUCAAGUGCGAACAAACUAUCAGAUGAUGAAUCGUGUACAGAUCCGACUUGCAGGCAUUAUUGUAUCAAGAAGAACUGGUGCCAAAACCCAUCCAUUAGUUCACAGGACAGCGGAAUAAAUCUGACCUUCACAGAAACAGACUCCUAUAUAGACUUCGACAAAUGGCGUACAUCUUCGGAUACAUCAUCAAACAAACUGAAAAAACUGCAAGGAAGAUUACGUAUGUGUCAAAAAUAUGAGAAGAGUGAGGUACCGGAUAUUAUAGAGGGUGUUCCAGUUUGUUCAGGGGAUCACACGAGGACGGCCAAGAACUGUGAACAUGAUACAGCGAGGGUUGUCUUUCAGAUACCUGAUGAUAAUGAAAAACAUAAUCGCACUACAGCGCUUGAUUCUAAGCGUUCCAGCCGUUCGUCUAACGCUUCAUCUAGUUCACGCUCCAGUGGUUACAGCACCGACACUAGGACUCAAGAGGAACAAUUUUAUGAAAGAAGUGAUGCUGACCGUAUAUUCAAACCAGACUGGGAGGCAGAUAGUACAUGUAGCGAGGCCUCCCUCACAGACUUCACUUUGGAUGAUGAGGGGAAGUGGCAUUGUCCACCCAGAGAAGUCUGGAGGGCCACUGUUGAGGCGAUACAUGAGUACAACAUGGUAAAAGCGGGUGAUAAGAUCCUCAUAUGUCUGUCUGGUAGUCGGGAAUCAGUUGCAUUACUUCACACUAUGCAUCAGUAUCAAUUCUAUGCCAGAUCUAAGGGAAUACACUUCAGUAUUGGUGCCUUGUUUGUCCACGAGCCCAACUCAGACGUCGAUCCACUACAUUUGAUGGCCUACUGUAGAACAUUAGGAGUGAAAUUUAUAUAUGAAGACAAGAUUAAAGAGCAAUUACCAACCGCUUGUUCCACCUCAUCAUCUAUCCGUUGGUCGAGUCACUCGGUCCGUCGUCGUGUGUAUGGAGUGGCGGCGUCGCAGGGCUUCUCAGCGGCCGCGGUGGCGCAGACCCUCGAUCGGGCGGCCGCAGCCUUCCUCGUGACAGCCUUCCAUGGAGCGGGCUUGAAAACUCUCACUGCGCAUUAUAGAGUCAAGGAGCACAACAUCCGUAUCCUGCGUCCGUUUAUCUACGUGAGGUCCCACGACCUGGAACACUUCGCUCGCUCCCAGGGUCUGCCUGACUUCGGCAGAGAUGUGUCUGAUAGACCUGGCCUAGGUCCCAGUAAAAACAAAUUGGAUCGUUCCAUUUCUCUACCAUGCGGUUCUGAUAAAGGACAUUCAUUGGACCGUGAGGAAGAUUUAUCAGAAUCCUUGCCUGAGUUAUUAGAACCUUUGUCUUCGGCUCGUGAUAUCUUGAAAACACAUGAGAAGCUAUAUCCUUAUAUAUUUUCAAGCCUGAAGAAUGCUUUACAUCCACUCAUUAGCGGCAGAAACAUCGAAAAGGAUAAUAGACACAGAAAGAAAUCUGUUAUACAAAUGAAGAAUGGCUCUCCUGUGUAUGACUCGGAAGAAGGAACAGAAGAAGAACCGGUGCCAUAG